GCUGCUUGCUAUCGCGACUGCUUUCAAACUCACAGAAACAUUGAAAGAAACCGGAUUAAUGCGUAGAAGUCGCGAGGUGUCUGCGUAUACUUUAGCAAUCGAUUUUAUCUGACAUGUGACUGAAUUACCGCUCACAUGGCCGCCGAGUUGCAUGAUCCGCUUUAGUUUUUAAAGUCUGGUCACCGGGCUCAUUCUGUGACAACCAUCCGGAGCUGUGAACCACUAGGACGUAUAACCCCAGUGGAGCCAUGGCGAGCAGCGAACAAAAAGUGGUGCUGAUAACCGGUUGUUCCUCCGGCAUCGGGUUGCGAAUUGCCGUCCUGCUGGCCAAAGAUGAAGAGAAGCGUUACCAUGUUAUUGCCACAAUGAGAGACCUGAAGAAGAAGGACAAACUGGUGGAAGCAGCUGGAGAUGCCUAUGGGAAGACAUUGACUCUACUGGCUUUAGAUGUGUGUAGUGAUGACUCAGUCAAACAGUGUAUCAACAGUGUCAAGGAUCGCCACAUUGAUAUUCUCAUUAACAAUGCUGGAAUCGGUCUCCUGGGACCGCUGGAGAGCAUCGGCGUGGAUGAGAUGAAGAGAGUUUUCGAGACCAAUUUCUUCGGUAUGGUGCGCAUGAUCAAAGAGGUCAUGCCUGACAUGAAGAAGCGGAGAUCAGGCCACAUCAUCGUCAUGAGCAGCGUCAUGGGCCUGCAGGGUGUAGUGUUUAACGAUGUUUACACGGCCUCUAAGUUUGCCAUAGAGGGUUUUUGUGAAAGUCUGGCCGUGCAGCUUCUGAAGUUCAACGUAAAUUUGUCGAUGAUUGAGCCGGGGCCAGUCCACACAGAGUUUGAGACCAAGAUGAUGGAUGAUGUGGCAAAGAUGGAGUAUCCCGGAGCGGACGCGGACACCGUGCGAUAUUUCAAGGACGUGUACAUGCCCUCUUCCAUCGACAUCUUCGAAGCGAUGGGACAGAGUCCAGAAGACAUUGCCAAAUGCGCUAAGAAGGUGAUCGAGUCCAGCCGGCCACGGUUCCGUAACCUAACCAACAGCCUAUACACGCCCAUUGUCGCUAUGAAAUAUGCGGACGAGACGGGAGGGCUGUCCGUGCACACCUUCUACAACCUGCUGUUCAACUUCGGGCCUCUGAUGCAUAUUACGAUGAGCAUCCUCAAAUGUCUUACCUGCAGCUGCCUGCGCAGUCGCACUAUUUCUCCUGACUGAAGGGGGCGGCAGCGAGACUACUUGCUUGUCCCCUGGUCAUGAAUAUUAACAUUUAGAACUGAUUUACUACUGUACAGAUCAGUGUCUAAAACAUCUCAGUGCCUAAAUGUGGGAAAAAAAAGUACCUUCAGUAAGCAAAUAUAAUCCAUCAAACACAGAGAUAUACGUUUUAACACACGGCAUAUUGUGCACAACAGAGAUUCUUAGAUGUGCAAUUAAUCGCUCACUGAGAAUUGUAUGUUUUCUGAUGUCUAUGGUUGGUGUGAGUGAGGCAGAUGUUUGUCUGCCAAAAUAUAACUCUUUGCACAUAAAAACAAAUGGAGCAGUUGGACACAGUCACAAAAACCAAUACAACACAAGCUAAACCUCAGCUUUCAUACCUUAAAUUUUAUUUUCCCACUCAGAGAAUCAUAUAUUAUUGAUAUAGAGCUUAAUUUGUACUGAUAAUUUCAUUGAUAUCUUUAUUAGCUCUUUGUGUCUCAUUUUAUAUUUCAUCACUUGCUGUAUCACAUUUUUCCCUCUUUUAUAAGCUAAGUUUUUGUUUUUGAAUUAAUGUAAAAGUAGAUAUAAGUGACAGUGUGGCCUUUUUUGAGAGGCGAAAGUGUUGAUUUUGAAAUAAAAUGGCAUUUUGA